AUGAUACACAGACAUCGAGUCAAGGAUCCUUCGAGAAAGGUCAGUCCUCCAGGGCCGACAUACAUGUCGGAUGACCAAGUAGCAAACUAUCUCAAGCAGCUCCGGUCCGGCCCUCCCUCCAGACCAGGUGGUUCUCGCCCGCUUCCCUCUCGUACCAGCAUCAGAGCCUCGCCGCCCAAACCGCGUGAGGAGCCCCCGCCGCGAGCCGCAUCGGCAUUGUCGAUGAACAAACGCGACUCUUUCUCGGCUGAGAACCUCGAUCAAGACCCUUAUCCUCGUGCUGCGAGCGCCAUGUCUCACAGCCGACGUUCGGGGCAGUUCGGUUCGGCAGGUCGACCCUUGGUCCGCCCGCCAAGCGGAUAUGGGAUGGACAGGAAUACCUCGCCUGAGGCCAAGAUUGUUCCCCAAGUCAACUCUAUCAGCCCAAGCGGUCUAUACCGAGAGAGUGGACAGCGCUGGAUGGAAAAACAAGAGGCACGUUCGCUUCGCGACGCGUUAGAGGAGAUGGAUUUGCAGGAGGAAGAGCGUCUAUAUGCUGGCGCUCAAGAUGAGGCGACGAAGCUUGUCUGGGAACAUCAGAAUCCAGGCCUUGCUUACAAAAAUCCUCAUGCUGCAUAUCACAACCCCGAUCUGAGCGGCACCAAUCGGUUCCGGCAGCAUUUGGAUAAGGGUAGUCACGCCAGACGUCAGAGCACCCCGGCUUUUACGGACGCUUCAAGCAGACACAGAACAUCUUUGUCAGGGUCUGAAAGCUCCAUGGAAACAUCGUCGCCAGACAACUACAAUGAGCAAUCUUCAAAAUCAAGCUUCAAGAAGAAAGGAAGGGUCAACUUUGCAUUACCACCUGAUGAUAGCGCUCCGAACCCCCGUGAUAAGCCACCGUCGAGACCAAGGACUGUCAGUAGCGAAUCCUCAAAGGGAAUCUUCAGGAACCCAGAGGACUCUAUUUAUGAAGAGCCUGAGGAGCCUAACAACGGCCCUGAAACUCGAGGCCCUCCUGCACCAGCACCUUCAGCUCUAAAAGUCAAGCCUCGAAAUUCACUUCCACAGGGAGCUGGCUCAGCGGCCCCCCGCUUCAGCAAUUCGCCCUUCGAUCGGAAGCUCAAUAAAGUCGAUAUAUACAGGAACCCACCUACGCAGUCAAGAAACCCACUGUACACGACAAAUUCAUCCACGCCCCCAUCAUCCGGUGGCUCAAAAGAAGAAGAAGAAAAAAAAGAAGAACCUCUUCCGCAUAAGGAUGGCAAGGAGAUUCGCGGUGAUGAUAUUAGGGCAGCCACCAGCAUGAAAUUUAAAGACCGCAGCGGAAAAUUACCCAUGCCUACAGCAGUCAGUGACCGCCCAGGCCAACCUAUUGUCAGUUUCGAUCCGUCAUGGAAGCCACAAGACGAACAGCCACAAAGAUCUCGCGAAAGCUCUCCUGCUGUUCCGGCUAUAAACGUAUCGGAAGCCCCAGCAAUUCCGACCAUUAGUCUUCCAGACGACUCCAAUGACAACUCCCCUGUUGUUGUGACACCACCCGUUACCGAACCCAGCAAGGAAAGAAACAACAGGACAUCGAAGCCUGUACCAAAUUCUGCACCAGAAAAAGACCAGAGACCUGUUGAUCCCAAGAGAAUGGCACCAACUUCGCAGAGCAAAUGGUACUCUCCGUUUACUCGAUCUGGUGUUCCCACGGCGACCUGCGAAAACUGCGCUCUUCCUAUAGAAGGCAGAGUUGUUACAGCGGCUAGAUCACGCUUCCACCCUGAAUGUUUCUCGUGCUUUCACUGUGGUACCGGAUUGGAAUGUGUCGCAUUCUACCAAGAGCCCGAAGCCACACGAGACGAGAGAAUUGCCAAUACUUCAAAUGACGAUCCGGCGGACCAAGGAUUGCGGUUUUACUGCCACCUUGACUUUCAUGAACUAUUUAGCCCACGUUGCAAGAGCUGCAAAACUCCAAUUGAAGGAGAAGUUGUGGUAGCCUGUGGUGCUGAAUGGCACGUCGGCCACUUUUUCUGUGCCGAGUGUGGUGAUCCCUUUAACCAAGAAACGCCAUUUGUAGAAAAAGACGGAUUUGCCUGGUGUCUCAGAUGCCACUCUCGCCGCACCGCUUCUCGCUGUCUAGGCUGCAAACAACAUGUCAUGGAUGAUGUUGUCGUAAGUGCCAUAGGCGGACAAUGGCAUGAAAAGUGCUUCGUCUGCCACGAAUGCGGUGGUGAUUUCGGACCAGAUGGGCGGUUCUUUGUCAAAGAAGGCGAACCGAAACGAACUGCAAAGGGGCGAAUCAUUGGCGGUCCAGUACAACUGGCCAUUUGUGAACCCUGCGAGGCUAGGCGACUGAAAGCGUAG